AUGAAAAAAUAUUCUGUAAUUUUAUUGCUUUUCACUGGUAUCGUUUCUUGUGAUGAUCUUUUUGAAGAAAUCCGUGAUGCCGAAUUCCUUUCACAAGCCGAUCUUCUCAUUGCUCAAUUAGCUCAAAAACUUUCCAUUCUUCCACCGGAGUUGAGAACCCCAUUUCAUUCGUGUAUGAAGACAAAUGUUGUCGUUGAAAGAGUGGGUGAAUGUCUACAACAAGCCAAUCAAGCAGCCACAACAGCAUCAACUUCAAUAAUUGCAUCACCAUCUACAGAAAUCCCGAAGAAAAUCGGCAAAAAACAGGAUCAACAAAAUAAAAUUUCUCCUGUCGAAAAAGCGAGAAUCGAGUUUAAAAAAAAAUUGGCGACACUGAGAUCAGAGAUGAAAAAAGCAGGAAGACAAUCGGCUAGCUUCCAAGAAGCGAUGGCUGAAAUGUCAUCAGUUGAGACGGAAUUUCAUAUGGAUCAAUCAAAAGAAAGAGAAGCAGUUGAUGAUGAGAUGGAUGAGGAAAUGACACCAAUCAGUACUACGACAUCUACAACAACAAUGACAACAACAUCGACAACAACAACCACAACAACAACAACCACAACAACAACAACAACAACAACAACCACAACAACAACAACAACAAAAUCUAGAGCUCGAUUCAUGGUGAAAUCAGCAAAAUCGUUGAAAUCGUUGAGUCUCGCCGAUGUUGGGACUCCAUCUCCAGUGGCAAGUAUGAGUAAGCUUCUCCUCUCCUUUUUACAUCCAAAUACAACCUCAUCUGAAGAAGAUGGACUAUUGGAAAGACAUGAAAAUUUGAUGAAAAAAGCGAGAGAAGAGAAAUCCCUCGAAUCGUCGCCCAUUCAAAGAAAUUCUCCUGUACAAUUCUUUGAUGUUGAUUUGGGGAGAUCCCAGCGAACUCCUCAGCUUAAAGGGGACAAUCUCCCAUUAACCAAAGAAACAUACGAAUUGAUCAACGGACUAUCAAAGACGAAAACAACAAAAGAACAACGGGAAUUCGCAUUGUUAAGCCCAAAAAUUGCCUCAUUGAUACCGGAAAGUCAUCAGAAGAAAGGCCUUCUCUCACCAUCAAUUUUUGCUCUUUAUGAAAAUAGCAACGAAGAACAGAUUUUACCGAUUCCAAAGGUUUUAAAAGAUUUGGGAUUGGAUAAGAAAGAACAAAAGAAAGUGAUGGAGGUGGCACUUGAGCUGGCUGGGGCACGAAAAAUCGUCUCGAAGAAGAGUCCGGCUGAGAAAAAGAAAGGAGAAGGUUAUCGAGUC